GGGCAAGAACUAAGCCAAGCCACGUGCAAGUCGAGUAGCUGCUUUUUGCGACAGCAGCGUGUUCUGCGUGGGAUCGGAGCUAGCGGUGUGAGUGAGAUCCUGAGUUAGAGAUGGAGCCUGUCAAGUUGUCAUCAAGUGCACGCGUGAAACAUUUGGUCGUUGAUUCCGGAGGUUUCAUAAAGAAUGCGGCUUUGCAGGAAAUCGGUGAAAAUAUCUACACACUGGCCGAAGUUGUCAAUGAAAUAAAGGACAAAGCAACAAAACAGAGGCUCCAAGUUCUUCCGUACAAGUUGGUGUACAAAGUUCCAUCGCCGGAAGCAAUAAAGAUCAUGACGGAGUUUUCUAAGCUCACUGGAGACUAUCCAAGUUUGUCAGCAGUUGACAUCAAGGUUCUUGCUCUCACGUACAUGUUGGAGAAGGAGCACGUGGGGACAGACCAUCUUUCCGAAAAACCGAAGAGUAUUGAGGUGAAGACAACUGGGGACCCAAGAGACUUGGUUUGUUCUCCGGGUUUUUUCAGCACCCACGCGGUUGCAGAUGCAGAAAAGUCUGACCCUGUGGAGCCUGCUGGAUCUCCGGAUGGCCGCAGUGAGGAAAACUGCAGUGAGGAUAAAACAGAUUCAGCAGAUGAAGACUCAAGUGAUGAUGAGUGGAUAACGCCAAGCAAUAUCAGCGAGAUAAAAAAAGAAAUGGGUUUGCUAACUUUGGAAGAGGUGUCCAUACCAGUGGCAUGUAUAUCAACAGAUUUUGCUAUUCAGAAUGUCUUGAUUCAGAUGGGUUUAAAAGCAGUUUCUGUUGAUGGGAUGGCUAUCAGGCAUGCAAGAACAUUCGUCCUGCGCUGCCAUGCAUGCUUCACCAUCACAAAAAUAAUGACUAAACAGUUUUGUCCUGCUUGUGGCAAUAAGACGCUGAAGCGUGUCUCAGUGGCUGUAGCAGAGGAUGGCUCUACAAAGCUCUACAUAAACUACAAAAGACCUAUAAAUAUUCGUGGAACACGGUACUCUCUCCCCAUGCCUAAAGGAGGGAAACAUUCAACAGAUCCCAUUUUGUGUGAAGACCAACCAGUCCCGCAGAACCGGUUAUCGAAAAUGGCCAUGAGCCGUGUCGAUGUACUAGAUGCAGACUAUCUUUCUAGAAACUCACCAUUCAAAAUUAACGAUGUGUAUUCACGUUCUGCCCACCUCAACAUGCGAGCUAAUUCUCAAGGAUCUCGAAAUCCCAACCAAGUGAAACGCAACACAGGAAAUCAUAAGAAACGAAGAAAUUGAACACACUCAUAAGAGCAGCACAGGUGAAAUCAUUUAAGCAUAUGUCUAGCAAAACAUCUUGGCUAUCCUAUUUGUACCAAAAGAAAUAUGACUGAUGAUUACACAAGCUAUUUGUUGCAAUAUGCAUGCCAAUGCAGAACGACUAGCAUUCUGGUUUUGGAAUCCAAAGUAAAAUGUGUGCUAAUGUGAUAAUUAAGCCAAACAGGACACAGUGUAUUCUGUUAGAACUACAGUUAAAGUAUUUAGGCUAAAUCAGGGCUGGGAAAUUUUUCUUUCUAUGGUUAUGUGUACAAGCUCUUCACAAAUAAAUGUGGGAUUGCUGAAAAUUUGCAAUUGACAAGAACCCAUUAAAGUAUGUGAAAGCUGUGGCGAGUUUUCUUGUUAUGUUGUGCCGAGGAAUCGUUUUUUUUUAUGUUCAACAUUAUGCAGUCUCUAAGAAGUGGUAACUAUAUGCAAGGAAUAGUGUAGCAUAUAGCUGCAUGCUAAGUUCAUCACUAGUUUUUAUUAUGUAUGUGGGACCAUAUGCUACUCUGCAAAUGCCAUGCACCUGGGUUCUGUGGUGAUGUGUAGCUUUUCUUAAACACAAAGCUCCACAUGCCUUGGAGUGUUUUUUGAAAUUGUGAAACACGAGCUUUUACGAAUUUAUUAUUGUGUGACUGCAUCAAAAGCAUAAAUGUUUCACUAAUUGACCAUCCUUGCCUUCAUCUGGGAGGUAUGCAUUGUACUGGGAACCUUCUCGCAUUUUUAAAGCAGCGUACUCGUCUUCUGAGGACCAAUGGUCACAGGUAGCAUGCUAAGUGGUCGGUUUUCUCUUUCAAUAGUGUUCUUCACUGCCUUACACAGCUCUAUUGUGGUAAUGCUUAAAAGCAAGUACGUCUGUAUGGUAUCUGUCAUGACUUAUGAUAGCCAUCGCCAGUGGCGUACCAACUCUUUCGCGAGUGAGGGAGCAAACCUACCUCACCUGUCGUACGGGAUAUAUAUAUAUAUAAAGAACUUUAUCAAUGCGCUCACCCUUUGAUAUAAAUUUGUCAAUAUAAAUUUGCAUACACAGAGGUGACACGACGCACAUUAAGUACCACGAAGUUCAGUCACACUAACAGGCUGAGGAAUGGCGCUCUUAGCCCAAUUUUCGUGUCCAAUAGGUGAUGCUCAUCUUGCUAUCACGUCUCUUUCUCAAAUUAAGCUUAAGCAGUUAACAUUUACAGAUACCACAAAAGUUUAAUCAAUUUAUCAUGAAUAUUAGCCGUCAACAUGGAGAUGUACCAAGCGUCAACGAAGAUGCAUCCCCGCUGAACGGGGAUAUAGCUGUCAAACACCAAAACAUACAUAAGGCAAACCCUCGAUCCUUUAUCGAUAUUUUAUAAACAUUUAAUUACCACUUUAAAGCCCUGUUUUACUUUCGUGUUAUAUGCCGAUUCCCAUGAUGGAGGGACCAACCAUGAUUUUUCAAGGAAUGAUUUCUGUUAUAUUUUUUCAUUAAUAUUACACUUUCUUGCAUAUGAUCAGGCAUGUGUGUAAUACAAUUUGCUUUAUUUGCUAAUAGUCUAAUUACUGUUACUGAAGCAUGCAAUUAUUAAUAAUAUUGCUAUUGUUAUAUAACUGUUAUUAACUUAUCAAUGUCUCAACCCUUUUUUAAAAAAUGUAUCAUUUGUGGUGUCAGGGGCGUAGUACAUUGUUUACAUUCAUUGUAUUUGUAUCAAAAUUUCUUAACGGGCCCCCAGGCGCCUGCAUAAAUACACCAACACAAACGGUCUAAAUAAAAUUGUUCUUUAGGCCCGUGUGCUCAGGCUUGGUGCACGCUAAAGAAGCCCAGGUGGUCGAAAUUUCAGGAGCCCUCCACUACGGCGUCUCUCAUAAUCAUAUGGUAGUUUUGGGACGUUGAACCCCACAUAUCAAUCAAAAAUUUUCCUUUGAAAGAGCAAAGUGUGGGCAAUUAUAACGUUAAACUAUUCCUCGUUGCUUCCUUUCGAAAUGAUCACGCUGUAUAUUGAAUUCAAUCGAGUUUAUUGUGCAACAAGGUUGCGCGGAAACCAGGUGAAAAAGCUGCACUGAGCAGCUUGAGGGGAACCUUGAGGGAAUAUUGGUGUAAACAGCCUUUGUCAUGCACACUGCACCAGCUUGUUACAGGAGGCAACAUGUGACGCAAAAAUGACCCAUUGCGUAAUGACCACGUAUGCACGACCACGUAAAAAAUAAGAGAAUAAACCAUUUUUGAUAC